AUGGCACCAGUGUCUUUUGACCUCUUGCAGGUUCCCUUUUACGGCCUCGUGGCUGGGGCUGUGGUCAUUACUUGGUCUUUAGCGAAAAUCGUACGAACCUUUCAAAGAUGGAAGUACGCUCGUGAGAAUGGAUGCCAACCCCCAGCGCACUUUGUAUCCCACGGCUUGUUCGGUAUAGGCAUGGGCAUUGAACUAGCCAAAGCCGGCCCCGAGCACAGGUUUCUUGAACUUCUUCGCAGUUGGCAUCAAACCUACGGCACGACAUUCAGAGCGAAAAUCGCCAAUCGAAAUAUUAUUUUCACCGUCGACCCACAGAACAUUCAAACAGCCCUCGCGUUGAAAUUCAAAGACUUCGGGGUGGGUUCAGGUCGAAUAGAUGCACUCCGCCCACUCAUGGGCAAGGGCAUUUUCGGCGUAGACGGCCCCGAGUGGGAACAUUCACGGGCUCUCCUCCGGCCUAACUUCUCACGCACUCGGAUUAAUGACACCGAAUUAUAUGAGACUCACGUGGCCGAGCUCAUCGGGCAGAUUCCGCGCGACGGGUCAACCAUUGAUUUACGCCCGCUGUUUUUCAAGGGGACUCUCGACACCGCGACCGAAUUUCUGUUCGGAGAGUCCGCUCAUUCGCUGCGCACAGAAGGAUCUUCUGCAGGAAAUGAAUUUGCGAAAGCCUUUGACUUAGCUCAAUUAGUCGCUUCCAUGCGGUUCCGACUUGGACUUUUUGGGAGAUUCUACCGUAGGAACGAAUUCACCAAAGCCAUUCGAGAUACCCGCGCCUAUGUCGAAAGGUUUGUGCAAAAGACUAUCGAUUACCGUGUCGCAGCCAACAGCGGACGAGAAGUUGAUCAAGACAUCAAGCGGUUGACUGAGAGUCGAUACGUGUUCUCUUACGAGCUGUCGAAGCAAACACUUGACAAGACCAACAUAACAGACCAGAUAUUGAGUAUUAUGUUUGCUGGUCGCGAUACCACUGCCAGUCUACUAAGCAUUGUGUUCUUCAUCUUGGCCAGACAUCCUGAUGUGUGGAACAAACUUCGGAAAGAAGUGCUCACUUUAGAUGGAGGAAAGCCAUCAUUCGACGAUCUCAAAUCAAUGACUUACCUGACCUGGGUUCUGAAUGAGACUCUGCGCAUGUAUCCAAUCGCACCCUUCAAUAUACGCGAGGCCAACAGAGACACAUAUCUUCCCGUCGGCGGGGGGCCGGAUGGAAAGUCUCCUGUUCACGUACCCAAGGGUCACGAGGUUAUCUACACCGUGUACACAAUGCACCGCGAAAAUGAAGUCUACGGACCGGAUCCGGAUGAAUUCCGCCCUGAGAGGUGGGAAAAGCUCAGGCCAGGUUGGGCGUACCUCCCUUUCAAUGGAGGUCCUCGGAUCUGCAUAGGGCAACAGUUCGCAUUGACGGAGGCUGGAUACACUAUUACUAGAAUUAUGCAACAGUUCGAGUCAAUCGAAAAUCGGGAUCCGAAUCCCUGGACGGAGGAUUUUGGGUUGACGUUGUCGAACGCUAACGGAACAAAGGUUGCUUUGACCCCUGUUCAGAAUUGA